AUGCCCAGUUCCCACCAGGAUUCUGCCAGCCAGAAGGACCCCCACUCACCCCCUGAAGCAUCCACAGGAGCCUGCAUCCCACAGGGACCUACAGCUCAUGGCCAGGUCUUGUGGUCAGGGGCUCCCGCCCUGAUCUCUUCCCUCCAGUGCUGGACAUUGUGUCUUGUGGGGACCACCCAGAGCUGGGAGAUGCCACCCCCCAGAAGGCAGAAAACUGACUGUUCAUGGCAGCCUCAGGCCCAGGCCCUGGUCCAAGGGCAACAGCUGGUUGGUUCCAGUUUGCCGGCUGUCCCCCGGAUCAGGCCCCCUGCAGCAGCCUGCCUGGAACCCGAGCCUGGCCGCGCAGGGAAGGAGCGGCGGCCCCGGAAUUGCUCCGCCCAGCUAAGGCCGGGGCAGUGGCUCCCGUGCAAGGUGCGCCUGUGCAGCCUGCAGCCCCUGGGCCCUGGGCCCUCCUGGAAAACCCUUCACCUCCUGCGGGACCUGGACCGCCAGCGGCCUCCCAACCCUGGGCCAUCUGCCCCUCGCCUCCGCCUGGCAUUGGACUUCUUAGAACCCUGGGCACGAGGGCAGCGUGGGCGCAGCGGAGGCUGUGAGUCCAGGCCGGCCGCUGAGAGGACGCGUCCACCCCACCCUCCUCCAAACGCCGUCCUCCUGCUUCAGCCAAAGCCGUCCCGGAGACGGGCCCAGGGACUCCCCGCUGCGGCCUCGCGCUCCGGGGUGGCCCCGCGGCUCCCAGGGGUGGCCCCGCGGCUCCAGGGGUCACACGCUCCGCCGCGCCAGCUCGGACCGACCGCAGACUUCGGGAGCAGCAGCAGCGCCGCGCGGGCCCCGACCCCACACCCUGCCCCGGCGCCUCCGCCUGCAGGACCCCGGCCCUCCCCGGGCUCGCCGGGUCCUUCCUCCCCCGCCGCUCCCCCGACCACGCGCGGUGCCGGCCGGCUCCAAGGCGGCGCCAGCCAAGACGGUCCCGGCCACGCAGCGGUGGGUGCGGUGGGUGCGGCCCCCACCACGGGCCCGGCAGGCGGGGAGGACGCGCUCCCAGUCUCCGGCAAUGGACGGACCCCUCCGACUCCGGCCGCCUCCUCCCCGCCGAGGUCCCUCCGGGGCAGCCGCCGCACACUUUCCGGAGCGGGAGCGACUGUGAACCCGAGUCCUCCCCGCGCCCGCCCGGGGACCCACUAGUGCGGCCGAGCGACCCGGCGGGACCCACAGGGCGCCCCCUUCCCGCGUCCUCUCCACCUCCGCGCUGGGGCCGAGGCCCGGGUCCGGCGCGGGGUGCGGGACGAGGGUGCGCAGUCGGGAAAACAGUCGGUCCUGUGUGGCCGUUUGGCCGGGCGGGGGCUCAGCCUGUAACCCCCACAAUUUGGGAGACUGAAGCGGGAGGCGCGCCUCGGUCCACGAGUUCAAGCCCCGUUGGGGAAAUCCGCCCCGCCCCGCCCGGCGGGUACCCCGAGUCCAGCGGAGACAAAGGAUUUAGAAAGAGACAGAAUAAGAGUUAAAAGGCGGGUCCGGGGGACUGGAACGUGGGAGGCUAGUUCACGGCCCGAGCUCUCGGCCUCCACCCAAUUUGUUGGUUAACAAGCUCUUUGUGCUUAGGGCAAAUGGGAGGGGUAAGAAGGGAUGAGGAAAGGAUUAAAUACUGAAGGAGAACUCGUGAGUCAUUCGAUAAGGUGUAUAGCAGUGGCGGUUUCUGCGAAUUUUCCUUGAGCAAAGGCGCGUGUCUAAACUACUUAAGAUCUUUAACUUAAGAUUGGGACUGAAAUGGGUGGGAGUGGGUUUCAGGAGGAGCCAAGAUGAUUAUACUCCACUUCAACGGAGUGUCAUCUCCCCGAGCACCUGUAGCAUGCGGCUGAGCUGUUACACUGUGGGGCAUAAAGACAUGGAGGCAAUAAGGAGACUUUUCUCCUCAGAGACCGCCCAUGGCUCCCCAUGAAUGUCUCACACAGGGGAGAUCAACUCAUCUGGCAUUCCAGAAACUCUGUUUCCCACAUGUGCCCCUCUUUUUGUCUCUAUUAUAUAUAUGUAUUUUUUUUUUAUUAAUAACCGCCGUGGCUAUUUCCUUCACUGUGCCUGACUUCUCUCCCAAGGCGCGUCCGCAUCUGUAGACUAAAAACAAACAGCAUAAACAGACACAAACCAAAAUAAAAUUUGCAAUCGUUGAUCCACCUAUGGUUUUAAUCCACUUUAAAGGAUUAGUGUUAGAAGGGCCAUCAGCAGCUCCAGUAAGAAUAUCAGCUCCAGGCAACAGGCUGAGAUGAGCCUGAGAUGCCUCGAAAAGUUGUUUUUUCAGUUUAGCAAUAUCUAAUGUUAAAUUAUCUUCUUUUCCUUGUAGGUGACAUCUAAUCGUCUCCCAGUGGUGUUCAGUGGCACUAUAAGAGCUAGGAGUAAUACAAAAGUCAGAAGUAUUCAAAUCACAUUGCAUUUGAAUUCUAUGCUCCAAGCUCAUAAUCCGAUCUCCCAUCCAAAUUACUGUUUGACGGGGAGGAUCAUUCAUUUGAUUUGCCAAUUUUUGUUCUGUUUGGCUUUGGGAAUUCCAAAGCUUAGAAGAAUUGUUCUGCCAACUAUCCACAAAGCCCAUAGUUUGAAUAGAAGAGUGCAAAGCAACACCAGCAGCAGCAGCAGCUAUGACAGCUAAAAGGCCCAUGAUCACAGCUAUUAAAGUAAAUCUGAAUCUCUUUGAUCUACUAAGUAUUCCUUUUAGUACUUCGGUGAUACUAUGUAUGGAGGGACAGGUCUCCCAAGGUCUAUUGAGGGAAACAGGUACCCAAACUCCUUCUCAGGCCCUAACCACGAUUUUUAUUAGAGGUAGAAUCAAUGCAGGUAAAAAGACAACAGCUGAGGCAUGAUAUGGUUUGAGAGUCAGGUAGGAUGUUAAUUUUUCCCACUGCCAACAUAAAAGGAGGUUUAACACAGCUCUGCAAUGGGACCGUCCGAUUAGAGGUCAUGGCUACAACAAAUUGAAGUUUUUACUAUGGGUCUCUGUUUUAUAUUCUCCUUUCCAAAUCCGAAUUGGGGUUUGAGCCAUCAUUAAUUUCCACAAUUCUGGAUGUUCUGUACUUUUAAUUGGGUCACUCAUUUUUGGGCUUGGGGGAGCCAUACCAUUCUCCUCCCACUUAAUAGGGUAAUUUGUUUCAAUUCUUCUAUGUAAUUUUGGUGCAUUAUCUGGGUAGUCAUUUGCAAAAGUAGUCACUCUACAAUCUUUGCUCUGUCCGGUACAAUUUACUGCAAAGUGUCCCCUAGGGGCCCAAUCAAUGAUGAUUCCAUAGGAAUUAUUUUGCAGUACAGCAGCACUGUUUGCAAUACAAUCUUCCGAGGUUAGCACCUCUAGCUUCUCAGGCCAUUUAAUGGCAGGAGGUUCUUAUUAGGUUUAAAUGUAUUAAUCUGGUGAUGUGUCAUAACAUAGCCAUGCUCAAGGUAUUUAAUAGUGUCCAAAGAUUGAAAUGUUCUUCCACUGAUUACAUGAAUAAAGGCUUUUUAUCCAUUAUGUGCAGGAACAUAAGCCAUCCAACUUUGUGUAUCAUAAUUUAAACAUCCCGCUGCCGGCCCCAGGCAGAUGGGAGGAAAGCGAUAACCAAUAGAAAUAUUCAUUAACAUUCCUUCCUCCUCUGGAUGAGCAGGACCUCAGUUAUCUGUUGGUCCAGGCAUCCAGACACUAUCAUUAACAUAAACCUCCACUGGGGUGUCUAACCGUGUAACAGGCCUAACCAGUGGUGGGAAUGGAAUGUAGGACCAAUAAGAUUUUUCUUAUAUUCAGGGGGAGAGGAUGGUAUUACUCCCAAUAUCGCAGGGGUUGUACACACCUCCUGCGAUAUUGUUCCUAAUAUCACGAAGGGGAGAGCAUAAUAUUACUCUCAAUAUCGCAGGAAGUAUACACCUCCUUUGUAAUAUUGUUCUCCCCUCUCCCUGCCUAGCUAUUACGAUCCACAUCGCAGGGGGGUGAGGCACCCCCCGCGAUAUGGGGAGUAAUAGCCACCCCUCUCCUCCUCUCCCCCCAGCCUUAUAUAAGGAGGCUGGCCUUAUAUAAGUGCCCCCCAAUGCCAUCGCAGGCUUUAAUGUAUUCACUUAAAGUUUUUUCCUCAUUUAGAUCUGCCUUUCCCUUAAUAGGUCUAAUUGCUGCCUGACAUUCUGUUUGAGCAUUUUCAUGAGCAAGCAGCUGAAGGAUCACUUUCUUGGCAUGAGAAUCGGAAAUAGCCUUUUGAGCUGCAUCGUGCAAACAGGCGAUACAAUCUGGAUAAGGCUCCCUUGGACCCUGUUGAACUGUGUUAAAAGAAGGAUAAGCAGUAGCAGGGUCGUGAAUUUUUUCCCAGGCUCUUAGGCAUGUAGUUCUGAGCUGAUCAACAACCUCAUCACCCAUUUCCAUCUGUUGAUUUAGAGUACCCCAUGCCUGUCCGAUUCCAAGCAAUUGAUCAGACGUGAUAUUAACAGGAUGUUGGGCUUGAGCAUUUCUGCGUGCCUGAUUUGUUGCUUCAUCCGUCCACCAGAUUUUAAAUUGGAGAAAUUCAGAGGAGGACAGGGUGGAUCGGGCUAAUGCCUCCCAAUCCACAGGUAUUCAACGUCUGUUAUAAGCCACACAUUGUAACAAGGAAUGAACAUAAGGAGAGUUUGGCCCAUAUUGUCCAAUUGCUUGCUUUAAGUCUUUUAAUAUUUUAAAAGGAAAUGGCUCCCAGCUUGCUUGAGCAAGUUCUCUGGCCUCCUCAGCUGGCGAAAUAAUGACCAAAAACUGCCAAACAUUCAAAUCCCCCAUUUCUUGUGCCUGGCGAAUGGAUGCCUGGAUUGUCCCUGUGCCAUAAUUUGUAUUCCGACCGGCUGGCAGCACUCCUCUACCGUAAUUAACAGGUGGGCAAGCCUAGAUCAUUCCCUCAUCCUAAUUGGCUGUUGGACAAGCCUGAAGCUUCCCUUUGCCAUAGUUACUGGCGGGGCCUGCAACAAUGGGAGCAGCAAGGCGCGUCUCAGGCUCCCCUUCCAAAAAUUCCUAAGGCUGGCCUGGGGGUGGCCAUUCCAGACCUUCCCCUAAAAGCGCAGUAGGUGGCCCUGUUUUUUUAUAAGUUUUUGGAGAUUAGCAUACAUACCUUCCCGUUUCUCGCCCUUUUUAAAACUAGACUAUGAUGGUUCACUUUGCUGAAAAUUAGACUCCUGAUUAUUCGACUUUCCUAUGUCAUCCUGGAACUCCUCCUUCUCCUCCUCAGCGUGGAAGGGCUCCAGGGCUGUUUUAACUGACGACCACACAGACCAAGCAGAGACGGGAAUAUCGCGGCCCUCUUGUUGUGCUGGUUUUAAGUCUGAUCCGACCUUGUCCCAACCUUCUACAUUCAUGGCUCCAUGUUCCGGGAACCAAGGAGAAUACUUGUCUACCAGACGGAACAAAGAUGUGAGAUUUGGGGUACUGACAAUUACCCCUCCGCGGCGCAGUAAGUGCUGCACAAGGCUUAAGUAAUUAGCGAACUUACUCUCAGCCUGACCCACAUUUUCCCGAGGUUUCCCUGGAAUUCUCCGAGCGCCCACUUACCCUAGAGCUUGAAGUGAAAACCUACUCGGGAGUCCUUUGUCGGUCGUCCUCCGCUUUCCACGCUCUGGUGUUCCUUUACUGGAUUAUUUGUAGAGAUUACGGGGAGCCCCCCGGUAGGCACCAGAGACCAGCCUGGGCAACCGAGGGAGACCCCCGUUUCUACCAAAAAAAAAAAAAUUAGCUAGGUGUGGUGUCGCUCGCCUGUAAUCUCAGCUACUCCAUGAAAAGUCAGACAAAACCUGCCACCAGAGACUGAUUUCCUUCUGAAAAGCUUUCUCCAAAAUAUUUUUAAAACAAAAAGGGGGAAAUUGGAAAGGAAAAUAUUUUGGGCCCCCCAAAUCACUAAGAUAAAGGGAAAAGUCAAUCUGGGAACUGCUUAGGGCAAACCCGCGUCCCAUUCUAUUCAAAGUCAUCCCCUGAUCACUGACAAGCAUGAAUAUCUUAUUGCCUCCUGUGGAAAGGCUCAUCAGAAACUCAGAAGAAUGCAACCGUUCCUCUCUUACUUGCCUGUGACCUGGAAGCCCCCUCCUGGCUUCGAGUUGACCCGCUUUUGCUUCAGGUUGUACCGGAUCAAACCAGUGUACAUCUUACAUAUGUUGA